AUGGCGACUACGAAUCCUUUCGAUCUCUUGGACCAUGACUCAGAGGAUAUCAACCAGCUCGUAGCGGCUAAGCCAUUGAAGGUUGUGAAAGCGGCUCAGGUUCAGGCUUCUCAAGCUGUAGUGAAGGACGCCAAGAACGGUCAUGGUAGAGGUCGCGGUGGUGAUGGAAAGCGUGACGGUGGUGGUCUCAACCGCGACGGUGGUAUUUUCAACCGCGACGGUGGUAUUUUCAACCGCGACGGUGGUAAUUUCAACCGUGACGGUGGUGAUUUCAACCGUGGGAGAGUUGGUGGAUACAACAGGGAUUCGAGAAACAAUGAUGGUCCUGCCAAUGGAAACGGAGGCUACAGACGCUCGGAAGAAGGAGAUGGAGCGAGACGUGGUGGGUAUGUUGGUGGAUACCGCCGUGGAGGAGAUUCAGGUGACUCUCGUAGGAACUUUGACCGUCACAGUGGAACAGGUCACCGAAAUGAGUUCAAACGUGAUGGUGCUGGCCGUCGCAACUUGGAAACUACUGAGGAUGAAAUUCCUCCGGUGAAUGGAGAAGCCACAGCAGUUGUGGAGAAGGAUUUGCCUGUAGGUGGCGAAGGUGAAGCAACUGAUGCGAAGGAAGAGAAACCUGUUGAAGUCCGAGAAAAGAGAGAGCCUGAGGUGAUGAGUCUGGAAGAGUAUGAGAAGAUCUUGGAGGAGAAGAAGAAGGCUCUGCAGGCGACCAAGGUUGAGGAGAGGAAGGUUGACACUAAAGUGUUCGACUCCAUGCAACAGCUCUCGAGCAAGAAGAGCAACAACGAUGAUGUCUUCAUCAAACUGGGAACGGAGAAGGACAAGCGCACGGUUGAAAGAGAAGAGAAGACCAGGAAGUCACUGAGCAUAAAUGAGUUUCUGAAACCUGCGAAUGGCGAGAGGUACAGAGGUGGAGGUGGUUACCGUGGUGGAAGGGGAGGACGUGGGCCAAGAGAAGGAGGAGAUCAGAGGUACGGAGAUCAUAGGAACGGAGGAGCUGUAGGAGGAGGAAACCAGAGGAACGGAGGAGCUGUAGGAGGAAACCAGAGGAACGGAGAAGCUGCUGCACCAAAAACUGCCGCACCAAAGAUUGUUGCACCAAUAAUUCCUGCACCAAAAAUUGAGGACACCGUACAGUUCCCUACUUUGGGCAAGUAA